AUGUCUCCCACAAGGACAACGCCGUUCAAAAUUGCCGUCUCCGACGACUCCUUGAAUCAACUCAAGGCCAAGCUCGAUCUCGCUACAUUCCCCGACGAACUAGACGAUGUAGAUUGGGACUAUGGUACCCCCCUCAAAGAUGUCAGACGGCUUGUGGACAGGUGGCGUAAUGGCUACGACUGGCGCGAGCAUGAAGCCAAGUUGAACGCCGAGCUUCCCCAAUUCACCAGGGAUAUCGAAGUCGAAGGACACGGGACGUUGAACGUCCAUUACGUCCACCAGGAAAGCAGCAAUGAGAAAGCUAUUCCGUUGUUCUUCAUCGAAGUUCGAAAGAUAUUGCCGCUCUUGACCAGAGGCUCAGAGGGGCCUAACUUUCAUGUCGUAGCCGUAGGAUUGCCUGGUUUCGGAUUUUCGGAAGCACCCAAGAAGAAAGGCUUUAGCGUCCCACAGCACGCGGAGGUUGGUCACAAGUUGAUGCUGUCUUUGGGUUAUAAUGAGUAUGUGACGCAAGGAGGCGACUGGGGCACUCUCAUCACGCGUCACAUCGCAAGUGAAUACGGCGGGAAAGCCUGCAAGGCAUGGCACACCAAUAUCCCCAUAGGGUCGCCACCUCAUCCGGUGUAUCAACCGUUGAGCUACCUGCGGUACGCGCUAACCCCUUACAAGCCACAUGAGAAAGCUGGCUUGGAACGCUCUGCGAUGUUCGCUCUGAAGGGCUAUGGGUACUUUGCCAUUCAAUCUACGCGGCCUCAAACGCUAGGAUACGGUCUGGCUGAUUCCCCCAUCGCUCUCCUUGCAUGGAUAUAUGAAAAGUUGGUGGCCUGGACCGAUGAUUAUCCUUGGGAGGACGAUGAAGUCUUGACUUGGGUCUCUAUCUAUCUAUUCUCUCGUCCCGGUCCAACCGCAUCUACCCGCAUUUACUACGAGGCUGUACAAAAACAGCAUUUCGGGGACAAUCCACUACCCAAGCUCCCAACUGGUUUCUCGUAUUUCCCUCAAGACAUUGUGCGCAAUCCAAUUUCUUGGACUCUUGGAGCUCGCCACGUCGUGUAUCAAAAGGAGCACGAUAAAGGGGGUCAUUUUGCCGCUCAUGAGCGACCAGACGACCUUGUGGGAGACCUCCGAGAAAUGUUUGGGAAGAAGGGACCAUGCUUCGGUGUCGUACCUGGAAAGGAUGGGUAUUAG